ACCGGAAUAUAAAAAAGAAAAUUAAAGGGAAAAACCAAUGCAAUUAUGAUAUGAAUCAUAGAACCAGAUACUGGGAGCCAGUAAUUAUUGUUGACCUUCUUCAUCUCGGAGAAAAUUUAAUUUUGCCUCUUGUUCCACUUUGAACAUUUUAUUUUAAAAAGUGAGUAACACUGUGACAUUCCAUGCCAUACGUAAAUGAAGGUGUAAUUAUGAUCGGAAGCAAUUUACGGCAAAUUAUUUCGCAAUUUACGUGCAAAAGACUAUUGCUUCUCUAUCUGUGAAAGAUCGCACAUUAUUUUCGUUCCAAAAGAAUGUACGAGUUAAUGUGCUUUUGUAAAACGCGUUGCAAGGUGUCAUCGUUGUAUAUAAAUCGGAGGCUUGUCGGCUGAAAACCUUGGUCUUCUUCAACUCCGCGCGUCUUCAUUCGUAUGCACAGAGAAAAUUAUUUUCUGAUAUUCAAUCAUGUCACGUAUACUAUUUGCAGUCUUCUUCAUCGCAAGCACUUUGAGAAAUCCCGUACGAAGUGCGAUAUCUUUUGACAGUACCACAACUAUGUCAUCAAGUCAAAGCGGCGCUAUGACUAAUAGCAAUUCAUGUUGUGUUUCAAAGGACAACUGUCCAAAUACGAAUACCAAUACGAACACCAAUACGGGAAUCGAUAUUCGAAUUGUUAAUAAUGUUUCGAACUGUUCCGCUGGACAAGUAUAUUGCUGUUCGGAACAUCUGAUCGACUAUAGUUGUGGUAUCAGAAAAAUUCCAGAGUCUGCACAUCCUCAAGGUCAAGCCAGUUAUGGUGCAUAUCCUUGGCAAGCUUUACUUUUAACAACUAACAAUGUUUAUGUUGGUUCAGGCGUACUUAUUACUCCAAAUCAUGUGUUAACUGUCGCUCACAAAGUAGCAUCUUACACAAAUAGCGGGCUUAAAGUGAAACUGGGGGAGUGGGAUGUGCAAUCCUCUACUGAGGCUUAUCCAGAGAAAGAAUAUUCAAUUAAAAAAAUAUCUAUACACUCUGGAUAUAAUUCUGCCAAUCUUCAAAACGAUAUAGCAAUACUAGUUUUGAGCGGUACUGUUCCAGUUGCAAGCAGUCUCAAUAUAAACACUGCGUGUCUCCCAACAGGAUUACCCGCAGCUUCUACAAGAUGUUGGGUAUCAGGUUGGGGAAAGGAUGCAUUUGGCACAAAUGGCAAAUAUCAAAGUAUAAUGAAAGAAGUAGAUGUACCAAUUGUUGAUCAAUCAACCUGCGAAAGUGCUCUCCAAAAAACUAGACUUGGCCAAUUCUUUACGCUAAAUAAAAGCAGUUUCAUAUGUGCAGGAGGGGAACAAGGAAAAGAUGCAUGUACAGGUGAUGGUGGUUCACCAUUGGUAUGUCAAUCUGGUAACCAGUGGCGGGUGGUUGGAUUGGUUACAUGGGGUAUUGGUUGUGCAACUAGUAAUGUUCCUGGUGUAUAUGUUAAUGUAUAUAAUUAUAUUCCAUGGAUUACACAACAAAUAAGUCAGACUAAAUGAUUAUACGAAGUAUAUACAAAGUAAUAUACAACGGUUAUUUAAAACGAUAAAACGAAAACCACAAAAACGACAUAGUAAAAAACCAUUGGUCUUUUAGUGCGCUCUACGUUUAAACAACGGUGAGUUGGGGAACCGCCUCUAAACUACAAAUAAAACAAUCGAAGUUGGUCAGGUAGUGAAUGCGUCAAAAAUAUGAAACCCAUUACAGUGUUAAAGUCUUCUUCGAUUGAUUCUAUAAUUUGUACCUGAUACAAAUUUAAGAAACUGAAAAAGAUUGGUAAAAUCUGUAAAAUAUAAUCAUUACUUGCAGUUGGAUGAAACAUCAUUUUGGUGUAACAAUUUUUUCCACUUACAUGUUACUUAGUCACUUUUUUCAUUCAUAUUUCAUCUUUCUAAACCUUUAGUGUAUAUUUCUGUAUAAUUUCUGUAACUAAUAUUCUCUGUAAGUUAAUAUCUGAAACAAAUUUAUAUAUUGGAUUAGUGUUAUAAAUAAAUAAAAAAACAAAAUAAAAAGAUCUUCAAUGAAGACAUAUUAUUACAUACACAAAAAAAACCAGGUUACUAUCAAGAUUUAUGUAUUUUAUUAUUUUCUAUUAUUUCAUAAUUAUAUUUUAUUAACUGAACUAAAUUAUAUUUUUACUCAAAAUUAUGAAAAUCGAAAGCAAGGAACUCUAAUGAUUGGAUUUAAAUUAGACUGAGUAAGCCAAAAAUUGAAAAUUUGUCUUUGAUACAAAGAUGAAAAAAAAUUCGAUUAAAAUCACAUUUUGAUUUAUUUUUCAACUUUUAUUUACUCGUUAUGUAACACGAAGAAUAGAAAGAAUUGUUAAAAUAUGUUUAUUGUACGAUUUUUGUUGCAAAUAAACAACGAUCGCGAACAAACUUCUUAGAUUUACGCAUACGAAAUUAGAAUAUUUAUAAAAUAUUCUACUUUAUUGUUGAAACAUUUAGAAUAGAGAAAAUGAAAGAAAAUGAUAAGAAAAUAACUUUGAUAACAAACAAUCAUUAUUAUUAUAACUCUGAUAAUGAACAAUCAUUAUUGACUCCAAUAACAAUUUGAUUCGAAAAUCCGCCUGUCGCGAAGUAUUUUCUUGCACAUAAAAUUUCACAUAUUUUCUACGAAAAGUAUUCUAAUCUAUUAUAUAUUACAAAUUGUAUAUGAAGUUCAUAAUUAUAAAAUUCAAUUAAUUUAAUCAUUUAAUAUUAUUAUAAAAGGGAAGAUGA